AAUUUUAAUUGAUUUUUAUUUUUCUUUCAAAAUCGCACGGCGAACUCUUCGACGUCGCGACAAGCGAUAAUGCGUCAAACAGCCACGGCCACGAUUGCGCCCGGGUUCGCCGACGCGCUAGCAUCACUGGCGCCGCCGCCGUCUGGGAUCCGCUACGUCGCUGGUCACGUGAAGACGACGUCUCGGUGCGAGGCGGCUAGCUCGUGUGCCGAGAACGUGGCGUUCCAUUCGGCCUCACGCGCAAGAAAGUCCCUGCGGUCAGGGACACGUCGGUGCACCACGGCUGCGCUCCUCCGGCGUUUGCCUUCUUCCAGCAGCUACACCGGCCAGGUCUGUUCCUGGAUCGAGGCACGGGCAAUCGGGUGACACCUAUGGCGUCUGCGGACAAGAACAACGGCACUCCAGAGACGCCCGCUGGUCGAAGAAACGGUGACGAGCCAACAGACAAGCGCAAGCGACCACUGCGGUUCUCAGGUCAGCAGGACAUCCAGCUUCUGCAAGAGGUGGUCAGCCUCAACCCGUUCAAGGACACCCCUCCAACGACAGCGUGGGCGUCGAUAUCGCGCAACUUGGAGUGCGUGCUGUCGAUCAGUUCGAGGCGCUGCCGCGAGCGUACCAUCCUCAUGCUGGACCAGUACAUCAAGGGCGACCUCGCCAGCUUACAGCGCUUCUGCACUAAAGACGAGUUCGCCGUCAAGGAGCAGCUGCUACAACAGGUGCUGCAGCAGUACGAAGGAGGUGCCGGUGGUUACAGCUCGCGCAUCGGUACCGGCGUUGCGGCGGCGCCCCAAGCAGCAGCCGCCCAGGAGGACGACGACGACGACUUCGACUUGUACAAGCCUCGCGUCAUUCUGCAGGAGGAGUCUACUCCGGAACGCUCCGAAAGCCUCGAACCGAGCAGCGAGCAUGACAAGGACGACCAGCAGGACCAAUCUCCGAAGCGGCCGCGACUCACCGAAGACGAGGUCCUCAUCGAGGAGAUCAAGGCUGCCGCGGCCGCUGCUGCCGCAGCUGCCGAGGAAGCCGCCGCCAACGACGAGGCGGCUAUGGUGGCCGCCGACGGUAGCACGGCGGCCACGAUCGAAGCGCGCCACGUGGCUCGAUCCAUAGUCGCCGGAGACUUCCCCAUGCAAGUCAUCACUUUCCUGCUCACCCGCCAGGCCAAGGAAGCGCAGGUCCGAGAGCGCGAGCUGAAGAUCCGUCGGGAGGAGGUGCAGCUAGAAAAGGCACGGCUGCGACUUCAGGAGGACAAGCUGGCGCUGGAAAGGGCUCGCUUCGAAAUCGAACGCCAGGAGCGCGAGCUGAGACUUCGCUCCGAGCUCCAAGAGCGCACUGUAUUCAUGGAAGUGCUGAAAAAGGUCUUCAGCAAUGGGCUUGGUAGCAUCUGACAGGCGCCGUCUUGCUCACUGCAUGUGAAUGGUGGAGGUCACAGACCUCACGACAGUCACGGUGUUUGUGAGACGGUGUUGGUCGCUGUGUUCAGUAACGGGACACUUGGGAGAAGCUUCGGACGUAAUGUGCCUGGCACUGUUACGCUUGAGUCAGCCUUUUGUUUUGUUUUGUUUUCUUCAGUACCACAUUAAACUUCCAUCGCCAUUGCC